AUGUGCAACCCGAAGAAACUGAUCCAUUAUCCGAUAGGAGGAUUUGGCGGUAGUUCCGGUGGCGGAUUUGGCGGUGGUUCCGGUGGCGGAUUUGGCGGUAGUUCCGGUGGCGGAUUUGGCGGUGGUUCCGGUGGCGGAUUUGGCGGUGGUUCCGGUGGCGGAUUUGGCGGUAGUUCCGGUGGCGGAUUUGGCGGUAGUUCCGGUGGCGGAUUUGGCGGUAGUUCCGGUGGUGGAUUUGGCUGUGGUUCCGGUGGCGGAUUUAGCGGUAGUUCCGGUGGUGGCUUUGGCGGUAGUUCCGGCGGCAGAUUUGGCGGUGGUUCUGGAGGUGGAUUUAGUGGAUUCUCCAGCGGUGGAGGAUUUGGAUAUGGAGGUGUAGGAUACAAUAUGGGAGAGGUUCUUCAUACUGACGGCUCUAGUGUUGCUUAUCCUUAUGACUCCUUAGCAACCCGAAGAAAAAAACUUAAUGUUAUAGUCUGGGUUGAAAAGUGA